AUGUUGCUCAAGCAGCUUCUCGUCGGCCUCGGCCUGUGGCCCGGUCUGGCUUGCGCUAUCGACUUUUUCCAAACCCCCUUGACUGUCAACAACGCGCACUACGACGUGAGCGACUUGCUGCUCAAGGAUGACCAAAUGCGCGACUUUACCAUCGAUGAUCCAAGCCAGUCGUUCUGGAUCAAUUGGAGGGAUUUGGGCGUGGCCUCUGAUUUCUAG